UUACGCCCUCCAUUAGCUACUGAUACUAGCCUUAAAUACUCGAUCGGAAAAAGGGAAAGCUCACCGAAAAUGUCCGCCUUCCGCUACUUCUCCAUCACGGAUUUCUCCUUCGAGGGACCACUGCUUCCCUUGCACGCAGCCACCACCAGCAAGGAUGUCAAGGACUCGGAUAGUCCCAGCUCCGAACUCAACAUACCCUACACCGUCUUCGAGGUCCUGGUGGCCAUUGUCAGCAUCAUCGGCAAUGUCCUGGUGAUCAUCGUCUUCCGCAGAGAACGAAAGCUGCGCCGUCGCACCAACUACUACAUAGUUUCACUGGCCAUGGCCGAUCUGCUGGUGGGCAGUCUGGGGAUACCCUUUGCCAUCCUGGCCUCCAUCGGGCUGCCGAGGAAUCUGCACGCCUGCCUCUUCACCGUCUCGCUGCUCGUGGUGCUCUGCACCAUCUCCAUCUUCUGCCUGGUGGCCGUCUCCGUGGAUCGCUACUGGGCCAUCCUCUACCCGAUGGCCUACUCACGGAAUGUCCGCACCCGCACGGCGAUAUUCAUCAUCUCGAUGUGCUGGGUGGCGGGCACGAUAGUGGGCUUCCUGCCUCUCUUCGGCUGGCACGCCGAUGUCAACCACAACCAGGAGUGCCUCUUCGUCGAGGUGAUGGACUACAACUACCUCGUCUUCCUCUACUUUGCCACAAUUAUCACUCCGGCCCUCCUCAUGCUGGCCUUCUACACGCACAUCUACAGGGUCAUCAUCAAACAGGUCCGUCAGAUCGUAACGAUGAACCCCGCCUCCGAUCUCAGUCGCCGCUCCUCGGCGGCAGUGGUGCAGGUGACGACGCCCGGAAGAGCCGGCCACACGGGCACCAUGCUGCGGGUGCUGGGAGCUGCGAGGAAGCGCGAUGUGAAGGCCACCCAGAACCUGUCCAUCAUAGUGCUGUUCUUCAUGAUCUGCUGGAUUCCCCUGUACACGAUCAACUGCAUCAAGGCCUUCUGCCCCGACUGCUAUGUGCAUCCCAAGCUGACGCUCUUCUGCAUCAUCCUCUCCCAUCUGAAUUCGGCUGUGAACCCGGUGCUGUAUGCCUAUCACCUGAAGGACUUCCGGGCCGCCCUGAAGAACCUUCUACUGAAAAUGAUGGGCGUGGACAUUGACCAGCAGGCGGAGGCCAUCCAUCGGUUCUCGGUGGCCAGCCAGCAUCGCCUGCAGUCGAUGGACUCCAAUAUGCGCUCCACGCAGCCGCGCCUCUAUGUGGGUGAGUAUUCACCCAUCUGGCUGAGGCAGCAGCAGGAGGCGCUGAAGAACUCGCAGCUUCUGCCCAAAUGCGGAGUGGUUUCGCCCUGUUUCAACAACAUCAAUCAAACGGUGGCCGCCGUCGCCUCGGUGACCACGGAGAUUGAGCGGGAAAUGUGGAACAUUGUGGAGGCCUCCAGUGGCGCCGAGUUGGGUGAGACGAGCUACGAGUUUCCCUCACCCGCGAAUCCCGCUUCCCAGCGAAGUAGCAGCUCCACUGCUCCCCCUCCUGCAGCAGCCAAAAUCUCCAUUCCGUCCGCCUCGUAUGACAACCACAACUACAGCUUCAGCCAGGAUGAAGAUGAGAAUGACGAUGAUCUGGAGUUUGAGGACGUCUUUGUGCCAGCCAAUCCCCCCCAGCCCGGCAUAGAUCCCGUGGAGCUGCGUCGCUCCCUGGCCUUGGUGAUGCGUGAGAAGCUGCGUUCCGAUGACACGGACUCCAGGACGCCAGUGGCUGACCUUCAGGAGGAGCCCUUGGGUGCGGAGUCCAGGGAGAGACCUCUUUCGAUACAAACCUCACCCACAAACGGACCACUUCCUGCCCUGCUGAGGUCGAAGCUCUUUGCGGGCAACUCGAAUUCCGCCCACUGCCUGCCGGGAUCCAAGGAUUCGAAUUCAGAAUCGGGAACUGGUGUCUUUGUGAUCGACAGUGAGGCGAGUCCGGGCUCCAAUGGCCACAAGCCCAAGUAUCGCAAGGGCACUGCCUUGACCAGGAGUUCGCUGAAGAAGAGCAGAUCCUGCAAUUGUAGUGCCAUUGCCAAGGGAGCUUCCAAGGCUCACGAGGAUCAGAGUCAGGAGCAUCAGCAUCCCCCGGAGAACUUUUUCAGUCCCCUGCGAUCGGUGGGCAGCUUCAUGCAGCAUUCCAACCUCUUCCACUUCCUCCAGCCCCAUCCAGUCCGUCCCACCUCAUCGACGGCCUCGUCCUCGGCCUCCACGCCCACCCACUCGCCACCGCCCCCACCGCCGCCGCCCAUGGAAGUGCAGGUCCAGGAGGGAUCGAUUCCGUUGACUGGGGCUUCCAGUCUAACCACUUCAUCGCCAUCUCUUCUAGCGGCCAGUGCAGAAAGUUGA